UUACGAAAAUCAAAAAAAAAAAUUUCUCAGCGCCUCCUUUGAGUCUUGGGUUGAUUUCUUUCCGAUUAUUUCUGGGUUUAUUUUACUUUUUUUUGGAACCGGUGUUGAUCUAAAAGGGUUCAGGAAGAGGGUUUUCUCUCGGAGUGGUAACUGUUUCAGGUUUUGACUAGUUUUACAUUUGCUUAAUUUUAAUUUGGGUGGCUCUAUCGGGAAGAUUGAAUGAUCUAAUGGAGACCAAAGGUGGUAAAAAGAUUAAGUCCAGUAGUAGAUCCUUGUUCUAUGAAGCUCCUCUCGGUUACAGCAUCGAAGAUGUUCGACCUCACGGUGGAAUCAAGAAGUUCCGAUCUGCUGCUUACUCCAACUGUGUCCGAAAACCAUCCUGACUUCCCCUAAGUUCCCAGUAGUCCGAAAGCCUCAGUCUCACUGCGAUCAUAUCUAGUUUGUUUACUUGCCUGCUGCCUUAUUCUCUAGUUCUUCCUUCUUUCUCUGCUUGUUUACUUUAAUAGUCCAAGAUGGCCUUCCCUGUCUCUGCUAUUGGAUUUGAAGGCUACGAAAAAAGGCUUGAGGUGUCAUUUUUUGACCCUGGUUUCUCUGUUGAUCCUCGAGGGACGGGCCUCCGUGCCUUGUCCAAAGUACAACUGGAUGAAUUCCUAAAACCGGCUGAAUGCACGAUCGUUUCUUCACUGUCAAACGAUCAUGUUGAUUCUUAUGUCCUUUCUGAAUCGAGCCUCUUUGUUUACCCGUACAAAAUAAUCAUAAAGACUUGUGGCACUACUAAAUUACUCUUUGCAAUCCCUGCUAUUCUGAAGUUGGCCAACAGCCUUUCCCUUUCUGUACAAUCCGUGCGAUACACUCGGGGGAGCUUCAUAUUUCCCGAGGCUCAACCAUUUCCUCACCGUAACUUCUCUAAGGAAGCUGCGAUCCUUGAUCGCUAUUUUCCUAAGCUUCGUUCUGGUAGAAAGGCUUAUAUUAUGGGUGGCUCCGAUAAAACGAAGAAAUGGCAUGUUUAUUCUGCUUCUGCACGAAUGAGUAUUCAUUCAAAACCAGUGUAUACUUUAGAAAUGUGCAUGACCGGCCUGGACAGGAAGAAAGCUUCUAUGUUCUACAAAACUCAUGCAAGAUCAGCAGCUUUGAUGACCGAGCAUUCUGGUAUUCGAAAGAUUCUUCCGCAGUCUCAGAUAUGCGAUUUCAAGUUCGACCCUUGCGGAUACUCCAUGAAUUCGAUUGAAAAGGAUGCGAUUUCAACGAUUCAUGUCACUCCGGAAGAUGGUUUCAGUUAUGCUAGUUUCGAGGCAUCCGGUUAUGACCUGGAGGCUCUGAAUGCGAAUCAAUUGAUUGAGAGGGUCUUGGCUUGUUUCAAACCGACCGAGUUCUCUGUAUCUUUACAUGUCAACAUGAACGGAGAUGAUCUUGGAUGUAGAAUCCCAUGUUCUGUGAACGGAUACUGUUGCGAGAAAAGGAGCUUUGAACUGCUCGGGAAUGGCGGUUCGGUCAUUUACUACAGCUUUGUCGGUGCCGAUCUGUGCGUGUCUCCGAGGUCGAUUCAGGAAUGGUGCAGGUGGAGGGAGGAUGACGAUGAGCAAAUUGUUGGGGUGAGGCCUGUACCCCACCUUUUGAGUGCUUUGUAGCUUUGGAUUCAACAAGUUGAACUGAAAUUUUAGUACUUGUGUUUUGUUUUAAUAAAUAUGUGUUGAAUAAAUGAAUUUCUG